AUGGAGAGGGUUGGGGCAAGAUUUGACAUGGCAAUUGAUAUGGAGGAUGGUCAGUUGACUGAGUAUGCCAAGAAAGAGGUGGAUGAAAGAACAGGAGAGUCUAGGUUCUGCUAUGCUACAGCCUGUGGUGGGGGGGAAUUUGAGGUCAGAGAUGCACAUGUGAACUUCCCCAUCAGGUUAUCAACUAGAAGCUGUGGGUGUGGGAAGUGGCAAAUUUCUGGAAUCCCCUGCAAGCAUGCACUCAGGGUGAUUUAUGACCAAAGGCUGAACCCCAUUGAUUUUGUCUCCCCAUUCUUCAAGUCUGCUGCAUACAAGCUUACAUAUGCAGACCACAUUCACCCCAUGUCAGACCCAACACAGUGGCCUAACUUUUCUCUCCCUACCAUUCAGCCUCCAGUCAUCAAAAGACAAGCUGGCAGACCUGCUAAGAAGAGAAAGAGAGGACCAAAUGAACCCAGGAAGGGGAAGAGAAACAGCAAUGUGAAAUGUGGAAAGUGCAGGGAGUUUGGUCAUAACUCAAGGACAUGUAAGAAUGGAGGACCAAGCACUGGACCAAGCACUUCAGCAGCAGCAGGAGCAAGUACAUCACAAGGGGGUUCAAGGGGGAGGAAAAGAGCAAACACAGCAACUUAA